AACGGCCGCCGCCAUAUUGCCGACCUGUCAGUAGACGCGGCGCUGCCGCCUUUCCGCGUCUCCUGCGGCGGGAUCACCAGCGAGCCCUCGGGGGGGAGGAGGAGGAGGAGAGCGCCGACGCUUGAAGCGGCCCCGCAGCGCCUCCUGGCCGGCUGCGGGAGGGGGGGCUGCGCGGGCGAGCCUCCCCCUUGGCCGAAGCCGACUCGGCUGUCGAGCGGGGAAAGCGGCAACGACCGGCGAGAGUUCGACGCCUCAGCCCUUGCCAGAAAGCUACAAUAAAUGAUUUGAAAGAAGCAGCAGCACAGAAGAGAGGGGAAAAUGCCGAAACCGGACAGGAAGGAAAGCUGGAGUUGCUUCCCUAGAAAUCAGAUUAAUGUAAGAGUUACCACGAUGGAUGCAGAGUUGGAGUUUGCCAUCCAGCCCAAUACAACCGGGAAACAGCUUUUUGAUCAGGUGGUAAAAACUGUUGGCCUUCGUGAAGUCUGGUUUUUUGGACUGCAGUAUGUGGACAGCAAAGGAUACUCGACUUGGUUAAAGUUGAAUAAAAAGGUAACACAGCAAGAUGUAAGGAAAGAAAAUCCCCUUCAGUUCAAAUUCAGAUCAAAGUUUUUUCCUGAGGAUGUUUCUGAAGAGUUGAUUCAAGAAAUAACUCAGAGACUCUUUUUUCUGCAAGUCAAAGAAGCCAUCUUAAAUGAUGAAAUCUAUUGUCCACCAGAAACUGCAGUUCUGUUAGCUUCUUAUGCUGUUCAAGCCAAGUAUGGAGACUACAACAAGGAGAUACAUAAACUAGGAUAUUUGGCAAACGACAGACUUCUUCCCCAGCGUGUUUUGGAACAGCAUAAAUUAACAAAAGAGCAGUGGGAAGAAAGAAUACAGAACUGGCAUGAAGAACACAGAGGGAUGUUAAGGGAAGAUUCUAUGAUGGAGUAUCUCAAGAUUGCUCAAGACUUGGAAAUGUAUGGCGUCAACUAUUUUGAAAUAAAGAACAAAAAGGGAACUGAAUUAUGGCUUGGUGUUGAUGCUUUGGGCUUGAAUAUUUAUGAACAUGAUGACAAGUUGACUCCCAAGAUCGGCUUUCCCUGGAGUGAAAUAAGAAAUAUUUCAUUUAAUGACAAAAAGUUUGUGAUAAAGCCCAUUGACAAAAAGGCCCCUGACUUUGUGUUUUAUGCACCACGUCUGAGAAUAAAUAAGCGGAUAUUGGCAUUGUGUAUGGGAAACCAUGAGUUAUAUAUGAGAAGGAGAAAGCCAGAUACAAUCGAAGUUCAGCAAAUGAAGGCUCAGGCUAGAGAAGAGAAACACCAAAAACAGUUGGAGAGAGCUCAGUUGGAGAAUGAGAAAAAGAAAAGGGAAAUAGCAGAAAAAGAGAAGGAAAGAAUAGAACGUGAAAAGGAUGAACUGAUUGAGCGGCUAAGACAGAUUGAAGAACAGACAAUGAAGGCCCAAAAAGAAUUGGAAGAACAGACGAGGAGAGCUCUGGAGCUGGAUCAGGAGCGCAAGAAAGCGAAAGAGGAAGCAGAGCGCCUGGAAAAGGAACGCAGAGCAGCGGAAGAGGCUAAAUCCACUCUCGCAAAACAGGCUGCUGACCAGAUGAAGAACCAGGAGCAGCUGGCAGCAGAACUCGCUGAAUUCACUGCAAAGAUUGCACUUUUGGAAGAGGCCAAGAAGAAGAAGGAAGAAGAAGCUUCAGAAUGGCAGCACAAAGCUUUUGCAGCCCAAGAAGAUUUGGAAAAGACCAAAGAAGAACUGAAGACGGUGAUGUCUGCUCCGCCCCCUCCCCCACCCGUGGUUCCUCCCACAGAGAACGAACACGAUGAACAGGAUGAGAAUAAUGCCGAAGCGAGUGCAGAACUGGCUUCUGAAGGGGUCGCAAAUCACAGGAGUGAGGAAGAGCGAGUAACAGAGACACAGAAGAACGAACGCGUUAAGAAGCAGCUCCAGGCCCUGAGUUCUGAGUUGGCCCAAGCAAGGGACGAAACCAAGAAAACUCAGAACGAUGUCCUUCACGCUGAAAAUGUCAAAGCAGGCCGCGAUAAAUACAAGACUCUCCGACAGAUCAGACAAGGCAAUACAAAGCAACGCAUUGAUGAAUUUGAAGCAAUGUGAGAGCUGUUAUUUUGCAUAUAUGUUCUUCAUUAAGCUUGAACCACCAGCAGAGAAACACAAGGCCUUUUCCACUCAUGAGAGGAACACACCCCACCUUGCCAAAGCACUUAUACCAGUUUGUGGUUAAGCAGCAUUUCAUGAGUCAUUCAACAUUAAGGCAGCCCUGUCAUCUCUGGCUCUUUGUGGGGUUGUGGUAGCAGUUUCCAUGAUCUCAUAUCCUUUGUUUUAUCCUUUCUCCUCUAAAAGAGUAGCACAGUCUCAGGCUGUUACCCUAAGCAUUGAUCAUUUGAGAAGACACCGGCUUUCAACUUCUCACUGGCCGUGGUUUUGGCAUGGGUGCACUUUGGAAUGGUCUCUUCGGCUUAGCACAUUUGCAAGGAGUUUGACGUUGCUGAAUUUAUUGCGUAUUUUUCAGAGGUUUUCCCCCCCACCUCUAGAGUGGAAUUCUUUGGUGUUUCACGCCCUGUCAUCAUAGAUGGUUUUCUUUGCCUAUUUGUUCACAAAGGUCUAGGUGGCAGGUAGCCGUUCCACCAUUCUCUCAGUCUCUCUCUCUUUUUUAAAAUAAAGAAAUGGAACGUUAUCUGUAGAAUGUCUCCUGCUUACAGGUCUGCUUUUACUGGCAUCUUCAGUUACCCAAGAUAAAAGUCGGGAGCAGUUAAGUGCCCCACUUUGCAUUCUGUUAGCCCAGUGAAUUGCAAGGUGGAAAACCUGGACCUUUCUGGCAAGGGAGCAUAUGAAAACAUCAGUCCCAAGGAGGGGACAGAAUCCUACCUCACUCUAUAUACAUGAUGACCGGUCCUUCAAACACCAUACUGAAAGGCUGACUGUGUUAACCUGGGUUCCUCCCUAGCUAAAUGUUACAGAAAUCUUGGCACCUUUUUUUUUUUUGGCUAGAGCAUAGAUUUAUAGCUUUCAAACAAUGUUCAGCUGCCUUUUUGUUGAGUAAAAACUGUGCAUUGUAUAUUUUACAUUUUUUUUAAAAAAAAAUGUAAUCAGUCACUGGUAUACCAUCCAAUGAGAGGGUGUGAAAUGGUUGGAUUUGAACCUAUUUUCUAGAUUCCCUUCUACUUAGACUACCAUUGUUUGGAGGCUCAUUUGCUGAUGGAGGUGGUGCAUGAAACAGUGCUGCCUUACAUUUGUUUUUAGGGCCACUUUGUACAUCAUGUUCUUCCUGUUCCCUUUCUGAUAACUCGGAAGGUGCAAGGGAACAGCAUAUACAGUGCUCUGCCUUUUCCUGAGACUGUGGCAAAACAAGAGCAAAAGAGGUGUAUGAACAAACUUUGCUGACGCUCAACACGCACUCAACCAGCAUUGAAUGUGCAUUACAGCCGAUGAGUCCCCUGUCUCAUCUAGUUCUCCUUGAAAUGACUAAUAAAAAAAAAAGCUGACACCUUGGGUUUUUACAUUUUUUGUAGAAGUCAAAUUAUGUAUUUACUUACCUAACAGAUCUUGAACUAGCAGUUGGGAGAAAGAAGCCUUGCUUUCUCUGAGGGAUGGUUCAGCUACCUUUCGUUUGGUAUUAUGCACUCAAAAAUUUACACUUACCUAUUAAAAUUGCCAUUUUAUUAAAUUUUCAUGCACAGGUUUCUUAUAAACAGUUCUAUUGAGAGUUUUUUUUUUUUGGGGGGGUCACUGAAUUUAAGGAAGUUCUGUAUGGGAGAACAUCAUGAGAGCGGGAAUAUAUAUAUACACACACACUGACACAAGCGUUCUGGAUUUUGUGGGGAAAGGUAGCUGGCUAACCUUGAAUAGACUGGGCCACAAACGCUGUGCACAUAUUCAAAACACUGCUUGGUUUCCUCUUUAGUGUUUUCUGCUUCUAGUAGUUGGAACGUGGGUCUUACGUAUUGCAGGUUUUCAUGAGGCCUGAACCACGAGACCUGAAUUUCCAAAGUGUUAGAAAAUUUUGCCAUACCAGGUGCGAUGCUGCGCUAGUAUUUCCCGAUUAUUCCUUGAAACGUGUGCACAUGCAUUGAUAACACCAGUCUAU